CCUUUCUUCUUUUUCCCCCAGACAGUUGAUCCAGAGGUAGUUUAUGAAGCUCACAAGGACUUAAGGCUUGGGCUUCGGGUGAUUUGAACGAAUUUGGAGCGCUCAUCUCAGCUUCGGGUCUGAGUUCCAUUCAGAACUACGAAUGUGGUGCCGAGCCACUGAUACAGCUGUACGAGAUUCUUUUGAAAGCUCCGGGCAUACAUGGGGCUCGGUUCAGCAGGGCCGGAUUCAGAGGGUGCUGCCUCGCAUUUGUAGAAUCCGAGAGAGCAGUUGAAGCUGUGUCAUUCAUAAAGAAGGAGUAUUCCAAGUGCCAGCCCAAUUUGUCAGGCCAUCUGAACCCAGACACUACAGUACUAAUUUGUGAAGCUGGUGAUUGUGCUCGGGAGAUAAGGUUCGGAGAUCAAAAUCGAUGCGUGCUGUAUUCAUUGAUGAUGGGGAGGUGCUCUGUUUUUGCAGGGAGGAAUUGUUUCUGCAAUGACUAUUAACAAAGGAAUACUUCUCGGGUUUGUUCCAUCUGCUGAUGGCGAGGUUUAUCUCCGUUUGGAACAGUUCAAAGGAGAAGUUAAGUUCAGGGUCGAUGAAAUUCGGCGCCCAAAAAAUUCCAGAGAAGCAAGCAGAAAGAACCGCUUGAAUUGUUCGUCCACAGCAAAAGAAGAAUGGUGUUGGGGAAAUUAUGCUAGGGGAGCCCAAUAUGCGCUGCAAAGUAGGGGAAAUGUCCUUUCUCGGGUUGGAAUCGCCUAUCUGCUGGCUUUUGAGAGUGCAAAUAACUUGUCCAUUUCUCCCACAGAAAACAUUGAGUAUGACAGGCUUAUUGAGAAUGAGUAUUUGGGUCUCAGAAAUGGUAUACUCGAUCAGUCUGCCAUAUUGCUUUCAAGCCAUGGUUGUCUCACUUAUAUGAAUUGCAAGGCUUGAAGCAAAGCCUUAACUACUAACCCUGGAUAUAAUCGCCGUGUUGAAGAAUGCAGAGAGGCUGCAAGACUUCUUCUGCUAAACCCCCAGCAGAGCUCGAGAUUUUCCUUUCGGAAGAACAGCCGAAACCCUAG